UGCUAUGUCGUUUCCUAAUGAAUCUAAUGAUUACUUCCUCCAACAUGCGCAAUAUAUAGCCUUUCUCAAUAAAUUUUAUCGCACAUACUAUAGAAACAAUGAUGGUACAUUGUGACAGGUGAUUAAGUGGCUUUCAAAACUCCCACGCUAUUAUCUAUCAACUGAUCGUUAUGUGUAUGUACAUAUAUAUGUACAAUGGAUCGCAUCGUCACGAAAGCGAUGCUUCACGUUCUUUCGCUUAACCAUGAGGAAUGUCGAGUCUUUCACGGUCGCUGCGUUUAGCAACGCGUGCGCAGGCAUAACAUCGUCGCAUUGUCGCAAAACGGAGAGCAGUAACCGCUUGCCUUCAGUGCAGUAGUUUUGGCCUAAUUCUAGCCUAACACCGAGAGCUGUCUUCUUGAUUCCUGCAAUAGUCUGCUAACUAUACAUAACGAGAUGGCGGAUGAUUCGAGCGUACGCGUUGCCGUACGAAUAAGGCCUCAAGUAGCUCGCGAAGUAAUCGACAUGUGCAGGAUUUGUACUCAAGUACCUCCAGGGGAGCCGCAGGUUUUCCUCGGACCCGACAAGGCCUUUACUUAUGAUUACGUUUUUGAUACUCAAUCAGAUCAAAGGGCGAUUUACGAAACAUGCGUGAAUCGUCUCGUGGAAGGCGCAUUGGACGGAUACAACGCGACGGUCUUCGCCUAUGGGCAGACUGGCUCGGGGAAAACUUACACCAUGGGCACCGGUUUCGAUGUGGAAAUCGACGACUAUAUAAUCGGAAUCAUACCUAGAGCCAUCGGACACCUUUUCGAUGGAAUAGCGGAUAAGCAAGAACGCGCGAAGGAACGCGCGCAAAUGCCUCCGGAGUUCAAGGUUACAGCACAAUUCCUAGAAUUAUAUAACGAAGAUUUGAAAGACCUAUUAGAGCCGGGAGGGCCGAGAGGCGGUGCGCGUAUUCACGAGGAUACAGCGGGUAAUAUACAUUUGGCCGGAGUGGAACCGCGCGUCGUAACCAGUCCUGAACAAGCGCUGGAGUAUUUGCGAUUAGGCGCGUUAUCGCGCACAACUGGAUCCACGCAAAUGAACACGCAAUCCUCGAGAUCGCACGCUAUAUUUACAUUAUACAUCAAACAGCAGAGAUGCAUCAAAGUCGAAGAUCCGGACGCGGACGUUGACACGAGCGGCCUUGAGCUGACAAAUGAAUUUGAAACGUUAACCGCGAAAUUUCAUUUUGUCGAUCUGGCCGGUUCUGAGAGGCUAAAGAGAACGGGUGCCACUGGUGAUCGAGCAAAGGAAGGCAUCUCUAUAAACUGUGGAUUGUUAGCUUUGGGUAACGUUAUUUCCGCUCUCGGUGAUAAAACAAAAAAAGCUUCACACAUACCGUAUAGAGACUCAAAGUUAACCAGAUUACUUCAAGAUUCUCUCGGAGGAAAUAGUCAAACUGUUAUGAUAGCGUGUGUAUCGCCGAGCGAUAGAGAUUUUAUGGAAACUCUAAGUACUCUAAAAUAUGCGAAUCGAGCAAGAAAUAUAAAGAAUAAAGUUACUAUUAACCAGGAUAAGAGCUCGCGGACAAUCGCUUCGUUACGACGAGAAAUUCAACAGCUUCAAUUGGAAUUGAUGGAAUAUAGACAAGGCAAGAGAGUCGUUGGUGAAGAUGGAGUUAACGAUGCCUGGCAUGAAAAUCAAAUGUUGAAUAGCGAAUUACAGAGUCUGCGGACCAGAGUGAAAGCACUUUCAGAAACAAUUGAAGCAUUAACCGCCAAAAAUGUUCUUUUAUUAGCGGAAAAAGCAACGGGUCAGUGGGUAGCGGCAACAAGUGGAGGUGAUGAACAAGUGACUAGUUUGGUACAAGGCUAUGUUCAAGAAAUAGAGGAGUUAAGAGCUCGUUUAUUGGAAGCGGAAGCUAUGUAUCAGCAAUUAAAAAAAAGACAGAUGCAGGUCAGCGCUGCAAAUCCAUAUGGGGAUAGUUCAUUCCAUUCCGAUUCCGCAUCUGUGUUAAUCGAUGCUAAAAAGGAUGUUGAAAAGGAGAUAGAAACGCUAAAAGCUUUGAAGGAACAAUACAGUCACACUAACGUUACUGCCAAAUCAGUAGAUGAAGGAGAAAUCGACGAUGCGGAGAAUGCACAGGACUCUGUAAGCGAGGAUGAUUCCGAUGAUGACUCGGAUCGUAAAGAAGAAGACGAAGAAGAAGCGGCUAUGGGUCGUGAGUUGGAGGCGCUAACAUCUGACAUCGAUGUUAAGCAGCGUCUGAUACAAGAGCUUGAGCUCUCCCAGAGACGUUUGCAAACUAUGAAGCAGCAUUAUGAGGAUAAAUUGGCUCAAUUGCAAACUCGUAUUAGAAACACACAAGAAGAAAGGGAUAAAGUGUUGCAAUCUUUACAACAGCAACCCACACCGCCUACUGAGAAGGUGAAAAAAUUACGCGACGAAUAUGAGAAGAAGCUCUCUAACAUGCAAAAGGAAAUGCGGCUUCUUCAAUCUGCUAAAAAGGAACAUGCGAGGUUACUGAAAAAUCAGUCGCAGAGUGAAAAUCGGUUGAGAGGUCUAAGAAACGAACUUUCGGAAAUGAAACGAGCGAAGGUGAAGCUUUUGAAUAAAAUGCGGGAAGAGGCGCAACGACACAAAGAAAAUGAGCUGAGGCGCAAUAGAGAAAUAGCGCAAUUACGUAAAGAGAGUCGCAGGCAUGCGAAUGUGAUUAGAACGUUGGAAGCAGACAAGAGAAUGAAGGAAGUUGUACUUAGGCGUAAGCAGGAGGAGGUGACGGCGCUACGAAAAAGGGAUCGAGGAUUGAGCCAAAAGGCCGCCGGUCGUGCACCAGUCAGACCACUUAAUCCCAAAGCGUUGAAGCAAAGAUGGCAAACAUUCGAGAGAACAGUCACCAAGCAAGCAUUGGCGAAACAAGCUGCCGCAGAAACGGAGAGAGAAAUGGAAAGACUACUUCAAGAGAGGGAAGAAUUGGGAAGAGAUUUGGAGAAGCUUCAAAAACAUAAAAGUCAAAUUACAAGCAUAAGAGGUGACAUCACCGAUAUCGACGAAGAGAUCGAUAAUGUGCGGAGUAAAAUCAGUUACUUGCAGGAUAGUAUCGCGGAAUGUCAACGGGAUAUGGUCGAAAUGGGUGACGGUGAGGCGGAAGGUGAACCCGGUGUCGAAGCGCUCAUUUCUACGAUCCGAACAGUGGACGAAGCACAAUACUUACUUCAACGAAUGCUCGCGUUUACUGUAGAACAAAGCUGCGUAGCUGCACAAAAACAGCUCGAAGUACGAGAUAUGGAAUCACGGCUUAAUCAAGUUGCACAAGAGAGCGAUGUGCAACAUCAGUUACUCGAGCAUGUUUUACGCGAUCGAGAUCUUUUGUCUCUUACCAAUAAUCAGAAUAAUAUAUCAACUUAUAGUCCAGCUAGCUCAAGAAGCUCAUCUCCCGACAACAGCGAAAGUUAUAGCCAAAUCAUACUCGGUGAAGAAAAACAGCGUAAUAGCAAAGUCAGAAGAAGAACAACGCAGCCGCAAGAACUUCUUUAUGGUAUACAUGUUAGUCCUGAGAAUAUGACGAAAGCGGAAGAUCAGAAUCAGAAUUAUAAUCAUCCUCUUACUAGAGUCCCCAGUGCACCAGGUAGCCUAAAGGAACAGGUAACCCAUACGGAUGUGUCUUCGCCUCCUGGAUCGCCGACUACGUACAGACGAUUCAAUAGCCGCGAAGAAAAUGUAUUCUCGAGACUAACUGCGAGUAGACAACCAAUCGCGUCUGAGCCGCAACCGAUGAAAGGAAUUAUCUCGCAGUAUCAGGGCAAGAUACAACCGCGAGCCAUUUUGCAAUGUUCUCACGUAGCGGAAGGACACAGCAAAGCUGUCCUCACUAUAUGCGUGACUUCGGAUCUACUUUUCAGCGGCUCGAAAGAUCGCACCGUGAAGGUAUGGGAUUUAGAAACGGGAAUCGAGAGUAUGACUUUAAGCGGACAUCCUAAUAACGUGGUCGCCGUGAAAUAUUCUGCUACGCAUCGGCUUCUAUUCAGCGUGUCCGCGGCAUACGUUAAAGUCUGGGAUUUAAGAGCCGGCAGCUGUGUAAAGACGCUAUUCUCCUCGGGUCAGACCCAGACCGGCCCGAUUGCAUUGUCAACUCCGUCCAGGAUGCUGCAAGUUCCCGUAGGGGAAACGACGAUUAAUGAUCUGGCGCUCAGCUUGGAUGAGCAGGAAUUGUAUACAGCAUCCAGCGAUAAAGUCAAAAUAUGGGAUCUUCGUAAAUUGACGUAUACUGCUAAAUUAAACAUGCCGCACACAGCGGCCGUUAUGUGCUUGGCUGUCGCCGAGGAUGGCAGAGUGAUAGCGGGUAGUAAGGAUCAUCUGAUAUCUCUAGCCGAGCCGAAUAUGUCCGGCUCGUCCAUCAGUUUAGCGCCACCGCAUUAUGAUGGGGUUCAAUGUUUAGCUACGAUCGAUUCCACGCUAUUUUCCGGCUCUAGAGAUAUGUGCAUUAAACGAUGGGAUCUGAGUAAAAUGGAGUUGGUUCAAUCUCUCAAUAACGCCCAUAAAGAUUGGAUCUUGGGAUUGUGUAUGAUAAAUAACGGUUCCGUAAUGAUCUCUGGAUGUCGCGGUGGUAUACUCAAGGCAUGGUCCGUUCCCAAGGAUUAUUCGGGAGAGUGCACACCUAUCGGAGAAGUUCGGGCGCACACUUCCGCCAUCAAUGCUAUCGCGACCAACCAACAGCACAUAUUUACAGCGAGCAACUCUGGAGAGGUGAAGCUGUGGCGUAUACCCGAUUCUUCAUUAUCGAUGUCUAUCUCCACAGUUUCCCUUUAACUUUAUUUGCUUUUUGCUUGUAUGUUAAUGUGUUGUGCAUUUAGCUUAUAUAUAUAUAUAUUUCUUUUUUCUUAUUUUUUCCGGUAAUGCGCAUGUUUUGUCUAAUUGAGUUUAACGUAAUAAUGUAUUCUACAUUAUAAUGUAAAUAUAAUGUGGCGGUAGGGCCAUGUUUAUUAUGCUUAUAACAUUCAUCAAAUGUUAUCAUACAUUGGGUCAUUUUACGCAGUAUUAUAUUUAUAAAAAUGCUUUAAAAUCAAAUAUAAACGCGCAAACAAAUAUUCUAUAAAUGUAAAAUCUAUAUUUUUGUUUGCGCUUUAUAUCUACAUAUACCAAUGUAAUAAUUGCCAAAAACUAAAAAUUAAGCUCUUCUUUGAAGAUAAUCAAAUUUAAAUAUACGAGAUCGUUUGUUUACCUAACUUUGUAGGUACUUUUUUUUUUAUGGAAGACAAUAUAUAAAAUUGUUUUUGUUAAUCGAAUCAAAAUGACAAAAAGACUUAAUAAUCAAUUUUGCAUAAAUCUAUUAAAGUCUAAUGUGUAUGAAUAUUUAAUUUAUAUAUGUUAUUACUUGCUUCUAUGUUGUUUACUCCACUUUGGUGCUUUGCAUGGUCAUCGUGUCGAUACGAAGCGAUGGAACUGUGAGAUUGUGGAAUUACUGUAAACGAGACACAAGGACCUUCCACAGGAGCAACUCAUUGAAAAGCUAACACGCAUCAUACCACUAAAUAUUGUAUUUAAUUUGCAAUUAUACAGUUUAAAUGAUAAUGCACUUGACCACAUCUGUUAUGUUUAGUUCGUAUUUUUUAUACAUUGCUAUUAUAUUGAUUUUUUAUAGUAUUAUUGAGAAUAUACUCUUCAAAUAACUUUUUUAUAUUCUUUGACUCGACUGCAUAUUUUUAAUAAAUGUUAAGUAAAUGUAUGUGAUAAUUAUAAAAAAUGUAGGACAAUAUGUUAAAUUGAACAAAAUGAAUUGAAUUACAAUGUUAAGAAAAUCCGUCUGAAAUAGGAAUUAUGUGCAUUAUCAUACGCCUAAAUGCUACAAGGAUUUAGAUAAAAUGUUAUCUGAAA